UAAGUCUUACACGCCACUCUCACAAGCUUCGUUUUCUUCUCUUACUAUUUAUGUACACAAUAUUUCCCUCUCCUUUAUUCACUUUUCUCCUUCUUCUCUCUCUAUAACUAUUUUGUGAUGAGAAUUGUUUGUGCAUCUCUUUGAUCGUGGAGAAUUCGACGUAAAAUGGCGGCUAUCGGAGUAUAUUCAACUCCAAAAAUGGAAUAUGUUGAAGGACGUUGCGUCAGCUUUAUUAAUUCGUCGACUAGUCUUAAACUAUGGCCUAUGAUUGGGAGAACGAACUUUCCGAUUCAGAGGAAAAGGUUGGAAGUGAAUUGUUCAUUGCCUAAUACUAUGUCUCCGUUAGAAUCGGAGGAGAAUGCAGCAACCUUAAGUAGCAGUGAUUCCCUAGAGGAUGAGUUCAGUCAUGUAACGAAGUUCGAAAUGUCAGAUUUCAAGAUACGGAAUCGUGUCAGCAUUGGCCUUGGUGGCAGGGGAGAUGAAAUAGUGUUUGAAGCAAUGGUGAAUGAUCCUCAUAGUUCAUUGUAUAAGACCAGAGUUGUACUUAGACAACUUAUAAGUCCUCGAGCCAAGCGGAGAGGACAUCGUGCAAUAGAGGUGUUGAAGAGACUGGCACGUCGUAAGCUCAUGUAUCAUUCGUACUCUAUGCAAGUUCAUGGCUAUAUCUGCUCAUCCAUGAUAGAGGAGAAGAGUUCAUUCACCCUAGUCCAUGGGCAUCAUGGAAGUGCUUCCUUGAGACACUGGCUUCAACGAUCUGACUGGCUUCCAACUCUAGAAGCUACUCUUUCCCUAGAUCAGGAGUCUGUUAGAAGGGUGGGGGAUGAUACUAUAGGAGGGCCAGCUAUUUCUCGGCAACUGCGGCUAAUCCGAAUUUUAAUGAGGGAUCUCUUGAUUGGAGUGAACUAUGUGCACAGCCAUGGCCUUGCGCAUACAGAGUUGAGGCUUGAAAAUUUGCACAUUAGCGCAGUGGAUAAACAUAUUAAGGUAGGUAUAUUGGGAAAUGCUUCUGACUUUAAUGAGGCUGAUCCUGCGGAUAACACAUCAUAUGACAAUAUGGAUAGGAGGAGAAUGAUGAUUGCAUUUGACAUGAGAUGUGUUGGAUUCAUCAUGGCAAAAAUGGUUUUGAGGGAACUCAUGGACCCAACGAUCUUUGCCAAGUUCAAAGCAUUCCUCACCAAGGGAAAUGAUCCCUCUUGUUUGCGGGAGUUUCUUCUGCAUGCUGUAAAAAGAAAUUCUUCGGCCGGAAACUUUGGUAUACAAAUACUCGAUAGGAACUGGGGUGCAGGUUGGCAUUUGCUUUCAGUACUCCUUGCACCUAAACCUUUGGACAGGAUAAGUUGCUUAAAUGCUCUGAGGCAUCCCUUCUUGUGUGGACCAAAAUGGCGUGUGAACCCAUCUAUUGAUCUAAUCAGAUGGAGUCUUGGCUCAACCACUGUUCGAAUUGCAGAGGAAUAUAUUUAUGGGCAACAGCAGCGAAGUAGGCUUGCUCAUUUUGUCGAAUUAAUGGAGAUGCUAAAUCCUUAUCCGAAGCCAAAGCAUUGGCUGGGAUUGCUUCCUGGAAAGUGGCGCCUGUUAUAUUGUACUGGAAGACAUAUAGGGUUGACCCUUCGACAGCCUUCUGUUAGAGUACUCAUUGGGGAAGCAUACCUAACGAUAUCUAAAGUGUCAAAACCUAACACAACAUUUUCAGUUGCCUCACACAUUAGCUUCACUGUUAUGGCUGGCCGCGACUGGGCUCAUGACAAGUCUGGUGUAGGGGGGAAAUUGCAAGUUGAUUCCUUUUUCAGAUUGAGAGCUGGGAGACGGUUAUAUCUUAAGGAGGAAACUAUCAGCUCGAAGUUUCCGUCAGCUACACCGGAUGCUCAAGCUUCGGUCCUGAAAAGGUUAUCUAGUAAAAAGUGGAGGAAAGCGAUCCCGAUAAACAAAAUCCCUUCCAGCCUUUCUGUAGCUAAACUAGUGUCGGAUGAAAUCGAUGUGAUGAUGAGUCUAAAUGAACCACUGAGUGGAAACAUGGAAGUUGCACAGAAAGCAAUUCAAGAAGUACGCACUCAAAUACCUCCUGAAAUGUUCGAUCUAUCAAAAAUCAUUUGCGGAACAUAUUUAGAUUCAAGAUUGCUUGUCCUUCGAAGUGUAAAUGGAUCUGCACUCUUUUUCCAUAGAUGUACAAAUGACAGCUAAUUGUAAAAAAAAGUUUGUUCAUUCACUUUGUAAAUAAGAUCAUAUUUUUAGCUUUCUGUAA